AUGCUCUCCAUUCUCAUUUCCAUUGCAAUACUGCUUUUGUUGUCCCCAACAACCCAAAGUUUGACGGCCUCGUCGUCCACCAAAGAUUCAGCACUCUUUGCUCUCAAUUUGCAAUGCAAAGUUCGACCUGAAAUCCGAGACGAAUGGCUGAAACAAAUCAAAGAGGACCAGUUGUGUUCCCGUCGCGACGAGCCAGAAUGUCUACAGUUUGUUCUUGGGCAAGACGUGGAUGACGAGAAUGCCUUUUAUUUGUUUGAAUUGUACAGAAACAAAGAGGCGUUUCAACAUCAUGGUCAGACGCCACACUUUCAAUUCUAUAAUGACUUUGUCGAAACCAGCCAACCGUAUGUGGGUGAACCCAAACUAUUCUUUUAUCACCCUACGGAGGAAACUGACUCUACAACCAAACGACCCAUUCACAAGGAUAGUUUCGGCUUGAAUGUCAAUUUGUAUCCAAAAGCAAGCGUCCUGAACGAUUUUCUCAAGGUCAUUUCCGAGAAUAAAAAAGGUACCGAUACCACCGAACCACUUGCCUUGCAGUACACCUAUGGAAAAGCGACAAAUGCUCCUGGUGAACCAGAAUUAGAUAGUGACAACAAGAACAUGGCCUUUCAUUUUCACGAACAAUACUCGGGCGACAACCAUGGCAAGGAGGGAUUUGAUGCGCAUGCGAGUGCUCCGCACUUUGCAGCCUGGGAAGACUUUGUGACGACCGAUCCAUUUGAUAAGGCUCCCGAAGUCUCCUUCUUCCAUAUUCUAGAACAAUGA